AUGUGCCAUGUACUGUGUAAGAAGCACGCGUUCUGGGAGGCGGUGGGCCUUUUGGAACUGGGCAAGGUCCAGGUUGAGCGUUUUCUCACCAUGUAUCUGGUAGAGCGCAAGGUUUGGGAGCUAUACGACAGGAAUGUGGACAAUAUCCCGUGGCGACAGUUGGCGGCGGAGGCGGCGAGGAGAAAUUGCCAAAUCGCCGAUUUGAUGACCUUGUAUCCCCUGGAACUCAGCACCGACAGGAUCACUGAGGGGGAUGUUGUUCAGGCUACGGAGUAUAUGAGGCGUCGGGGCUUGCAUUCCGAUGCUGCAGAUCUGAAGGGCUGGAUGGGCCUGAACACGAGCGGCUUUGUUUAUCUGGACAUCACGGAACCGAUUUUGCUCCCGGGCAAGGGCGCAGAGUCCCUUGGGAGAGCGCACCGUUCUGGAUGCAUUGACAUUGAGCAAAUCAAGGCCGUGGCAAUAGCCCAAGCCGAGAAAAUGGCUGACGAAAGCGAUCGAAAAUGCUGUAUAAACGACGCUUCCCUCGGUACAGCCCCCAGAGUCAUCCCGCGUUCAGUACAGGACGUCGGCCAGGACGAGAUUAUACGAGAUGGCAUCCACGUCACGCCGCGUCGAAACCGCCAUGUGCGCUCGGGGAUUCUCAGCGACAUGACUAGCCUUGUCCCAAUCAGCUGGCAUGAGAGCGACAGUCUGUUCGGAAGAAGUCAGCUGCUGGCCCGUGAUGGCCAGCCAAGCGCGCCUACGGAUGGGAAUGCGUAUGAGGUACGUACGAGCGCGGGAGGGCAAAUGCCUAUCUCGCCUUCGCAAUGUGUGCCUGGCACUUUUGUCGGCACCGCACUGGAAGCUGGGAUGACAAGGAAGGGUUCUCAUCCAGCCAGCGCACAAACUAACCAUCUACCGCCUCCGACACCCCAGUUUGCAAGGUCAACAACAGCCAUGGCAGCGAUGCAAAGCUUGAUCAACUCCAGCGGAGCCGUGCAAGACAAAGACAGCGGACUCUUUGGCACAGCCGCCGGGCUAGAAGUAUCGGCGGUUGUCAGCGGCGGGCUGUCCGCCGGAUAUCAGUCCCUGAUCAAUCGACGGGAGACACCGGCUACAAGUGUAGAUCAGCACGAUACCACAGAAGAGGCCACGGAGCCGCCAGUAGCCCAGGGUUCCCGUAACCUACGAGAGUUUCGGAAAGAGAUUGAAGCACUCUCGAAUCCAGUUGCCGCGGCCAACACAAACAGCGAAAAGCUCAGACGGGCACUCUUGUCGAGAUUCAAACACUACCUCCAGGAAGACAACAAAGCCCCCGUAAGCAGACCAAGGGCUCCUCGCCCGGCACCGAUUGAAGUUGUUGAAGACGACUCGGACUAUACUCCUGGCCGCAGCACAGGGAAAAGACGCCGGCAGAGCGUGCAGGCGCAGAAAACGCCCGUGAAGCAAAGGAAACUUGACACGACGCCAAACACCCCAGUGCGAUGCCAGUCCCGAGGGGCGCCCAUGACAGGCAGCCCAGGAGAAGCAAUCAAGCCUCUAAAUUUAAUUUCCAUCGACGCAAGUCAAAAGGCAGGCGAACAGGAGGGCGCGGGCCUUGCCUCCCAUGCACCGCCGUCGCCCGGCUCCGUCGUUGCCGUCUCCCCGUGCUCACGGCGCCCAUCCAAGGGGCCCGGCGCUGGCGGCGAGCCGACCAAGGGCAAGAAGAACGCGGCGCCCAUUUUCGGCCUCCAUCGGAACCAGGAGCUGACGAGACCCGUCGACGCGUCCGAGAACGCCGAGUACGCGUGGUCGGCCGACGAGGCUGGUUUCGCCGCCAACUCCCAGUUCGCGCGGUAUGCCCUGAGGGCGGACCGGCUCAGAAGCGGCUCGAGGCACUGGCCGGAAGAUGCGCUGGCGGCGCUCACCAGGCUCAAGGACGAGUUCCACGCGGUCGAGUUCCAGCAGAGGGGCAGCACGACGCGCAACGCGGGGGAGAUUAGGUUUGCAGGGUGCGCGGGCCGGGCUGUGUAUGCCGACUUUGCGAUGGAGGCAGAGUUUGCGAUGGAGGUGAGCUGUGACGGGGGUGGAGAGGUGGAUGGUGAUGAGCGAGGGAGCUGA